AUGCGCGCCCAAGUGUCGGCCUCGCAGCAAAGGGGACAGAAACUUUAUCAAAAGGGGGACUUUAAGGGCGCGAUUGAGGCCUUUGGAGAGGCAUUGAGGCAACCCAAUGUGGAUACUAUUGGCAUUCUGGAUAAUCGAUGUGCUACGUAUUGCAAGCUAGAGCAGUAUGACUUGGCUCGUCGUGAUGCAAAGCAAAUGAUCAAAACGGCCAAGGAUGAUGAACGAGGAUACAUGCGAUGUGGCAAGGUUCUUCUCCUCGAAGGCAAGCCAGAAAAGGCUCAGGAGAUCUAUGCCUAUGGCUUGAAGAUGCUCCCCAGUGAGCAUCCACGACGAGGGAUGCUGGAGCAAUUACAUAAGAAAUUAGAGGAUCGUAUGCUCUUGAAUCGACAUGACCCCUUUACUAUGCUGCCGCUGGAGGUUGCGAUGCUGGUCGUUCAGCAGCUUUCCUUCAAGCAGAUUGUAGGAAUUCUACGUGUCUGCAAAGACUGGGAGCGAUUCUUCGGCUCUAUGACCAACCUAUGGAUGCACAUCGACCUUACCGGAGCCCGUGGAAAAGUCCCAUGGACAGCAGUCAGAUCUUACAUUCGCCGUUCCAAGGCAAUGCUUACCCAUGCCACCAUCAAAAACCUAUCUACGGCUUCAACGCCCAAAACAUUAGAAUUUCUCAGUCGCUGUCCUCGCCUUGAACAUCUCGAGCUAUGGGUAUCUCACGACUGCAAGGACUUCUACCAGAAAUUCAAAGGCAGCAAGAAACUCAAGAGCCUUGUUCUUUCAGCAGACUUGCCCAUCUCUCAUGAUUAUUUUGGCAGGCUGCUGGCAGACUUGCCUAAACUUGAGCGCAUUGCGCUCUGGAAUGUGAAGAGCUCAAAUAUGGAUUUAUACAAUUCUGGUCAAUGGCCCAAAUAUCUUCCAAAUUUGAAAAGCAUCACACUAGCUUCGAGGCAGAAUGUACCUCAACCAACAGCACAGCAUAUGCCCGCGCUAUCUGUGCCGGACCUAACGAAAAGCAAUGAAUCUCCCAUGUACCCAAAUUUGGAAGAACUACGUCUUGACUUUGAUCCAGAAGUCCACAACAUUUACACCUUCCCCCAUGGCCCAGAUCGUCAUCUUCCCCCUCUUCGCCGGCUGGAGCUCCGUGGGAAAACAAUUGAACAGGACCUCUGCGCCAUCCUACCAACCACCAUUGAACACCUGCAUGUCCAAGGCGGAUCAGCAAGACGACCAACAUACCUAGAGCUACGAGACGGAACCCUUCCGAAUCUGCACACCCUCAUCUUCAUAGAUACGGGGUUUAUCUCGCCCCAGACCCUCCCCGUCUUUCUCAAUGAUGCACAAGCCCCGAUCCGAACGCUAUAUCUCAACGAAUGUUUCAACCUCAAGAUCUACGAUCUCUUCGAUAUGAUUCAGAGCACAGAGGUACCGAACCCUGAAUUAGAGAGCAUGACCGAACUGAGCGUUACGCAUAUGCGUGGCGUGGACGAUGUCGGAGCCCGUCGUAUCUUCACGAUGCUUCUUGACUUGAAAGUGCUCAACCUGUCCUACACACAAAUCACGGGCGUGACUAUCCGUCUUUUCGCUGAUGCCCGGAUCUCCGAGUCUCGGGAGGGUGCCAAACUUGAUCGGUUGGUCGUUCGAGGCUGUGAGGGUGUUUCUUCGGAUGCUGUCGCCUAUGGGCGGGAGAGGGGGUUGGAGGUGAUUACUUGA